AGAAAAGAAAUUGAUCUGACCCAUCCCCAGAGGGAAAUUAUUGAAAGAACACAGAACACGUGAGAUAGUGUUGUAUAAUAAUUCUUAAAUUCGAAAAAACAUUUCUGUCCACACCUCCAAUUCGGUGCAAUCUUACAAACACAGACAAAGUUGCUUAAUUCAUCACCUUCUGCAACCGCUUCUUCUUCAUUCCCAUUUCCUUGCAAAAGGAACCACCCUACCAUGAGCAUCUCCACCACCCUUUCCUUUGACCCUCUCUUCAGCUUCAAUCAUUGUGUCAACAGAGAAAGAGAACCCUCCAUUCACAGUUCCAAGCCAAAGCUAUUCUCUCGUACUUCCUCCUCCACUCUCACCCUCUUCAACUCCAGCAGCAAUAACUGUACCCAUAACUUCGCCUCUUGGAAACCCCACAAGUUCCACACUCCAAAGUUUGAGGCUUUUGCUACAAACACUGAUACCCUCGAGUCCCUUCAGUCUUUUGAUGUCUUGUUCGACCAGACGUUCCCCAUCAACCGAACUGAGCUGGUGGAGGGAAAGAUCUAUGUAAGAUUGGAUCAUGGGAAGGAUUUGGGAAAUUGGGAGCUUACAGUGGGUUGCAAUCUAACAGGGAAAUGGAUUCUUCAUUGGGGAGUUUCUCAUGUGGAUGAUGUUGGAAGUGAAUGGGAUCAACCUCCUCGGGAUAUGAUACCACCUGGAUCUGUUCCUAUUAAGGACUAUGCAAUAGAAACACCCAUGCUGAAAUCAUUGUCGUCUGCGGAAGGAGAUGCUUUACAUGAAGUCAAGAUCGAUAUUAAACCCAACACUGAUAUUUCAGCGAUUAAUUUUGUUCUCAAGGAUGAGGAAACUGGUGCAUGGUAUCAACACAAAGGAAGAGAUUUCAAGGUUCCUCUGGUUAAUUACCUUAAGGAGGAUGCUAAUAUAAUUGGACCCAAAAAAGGUUUUAGUUUGUGGCCAGGGGCCUUGGGGCAGAUAUCCAAUAUUCUCCUCAAGUCAGAUGCAACGCAUGACAAAGUUCAAGAUGACAACACUGGAUCCCGAACUACACAAGUAGAAAAUAGUCAACUAGAAGGUUUCUAUAUAGAGCUGCCUAUUACCAAGGAAAUUAUCGUCAAUAACUCUAUCAAUGUCUCCAUUAGGAAAUGCGCGGAAACAGCUAAGAAUAAUUUAUAUUUAGAAACAGAUAUACCCGGAGAUAUUCUCCUUCAUUGGGGGGUUUGUAGGGAUGAUUUGAGGUGGUGGGAAAUUCCACCUGCCCCUCAUCCACCAGAGACAAUAGCAUUUAAGGACAGAGCAUUAAGAACUAAAUUACAGUCAAGAGACAAUGGAGUGGGAAGUUCAUUGCAGCACUCUUUGGGAGAAGAAUUUUCUGGAUUUCUUUUUGUUUUAAAGCUAAAUGACGGUACUUGGAUAAAUGACAUGGGAGAUGACUUUUAUAUCCCUCUCCCAAGAUCUAGUAGCUUAACUAUUGGCAAGAGGGAUGACCAAUUUGAGGGUGUGCAGAGGGAGGUGACGGAAGUCACUGAAGAGUCAGGUCAAGAGGAAUCUGCAUCUACAUUUACCGAUGAAAUAAUCAAUGAAAUAAGGCAUUUGGUGACAGAUAUUUCCUCUGAGAAGAACCGAAAGACAAAAUCCAAAGAAGCACAAGAAUCCAUUCUUCAAGAAAUUGAAAAGCUAGCUGCUGAGGCCUACAGUAUCUUCAGAAGUUCAGUUCCAACUUUCUCAGAGGAAACUAUUGUGGAAUCUGAGGCUGCUGUCGAAUCCAAGACACUAAUAUUUCCUGAAUUGCCUCCACAAAUAUCCUCCGGAACAGGCACAGGGUAUGAAAUACUAUGCCAAGGGUUUAAUUGGGAAUCUCAUAAAUCUGGAAGAUGGUACAUGGAGCUUAAAGAGAAAGCUGCAGAACUGGCAUCAUUUGGCAUUACUGUGAUAUGGUUACCACCCCCCACAGAAUCUGUUUCUCCUGAAGGAUAUAUGCCAAAGGAUUUAUAUAAUUUAAAUUCUAGAUAUGGAACUAUUGAUCAACUGAAGGAUGUUGUAAAAUGUUUUCAUGAAGUUGGAAUCAAAGUGCUUGGAGAUGUUGUUUUAAAUCACCGCUGUGCUCACUAUAAGAAUCCGAAUGGUAUUUGGAACUUAUUUGGAGGUCGUCUCAACUGGGAUGAUCGUGCAAUUGUAGCUGAUGAUCCACAUUUUCAGGGGAGGGGCAACAAGAGUAGUGGAGACAAUUUUCAUGCUGCUCCAAACAUUGAUCACUCGCAGGAAUUUGUGAGAAAGGAUCUUAAAGAAUGGUUAUUGUGGUUGAGGUUUGCAUUCUAGAUCCUAAUUUUCAAUGCCUUUUG